GCGGAUGCAGCAGAAUAAGACUGGAGGAAACGAACACCCAUAUUUACCCUUAUUCCAAUGUUUAAGCUAGCCUUUGGCAUAAAGCUAAGAGUGUUUGCGAUGGUGUUUUCCUGGGGAGGCGUCUUGGGAGCCCAGCAUCUGCUGUUCUUGAUUCUUCUCCACACAGCCUGGGAGGUGGGGAGCGGCCAGGUCCAUUACUCGGUGCCGGAAGAAGCGAAACACGGUACGUUUGUGGGGCGAAUCGCGCAGGAUUUGGGUCUGGAGGUCGGGGAGCUGGUGUCGAGGCUGUUCCGUGUGGUGUCCAAGGGCAGCAGGGACUACUUGGAGGUAAAUGUGCAGAAUGGCAUUUUGUUUGUGAAUUCUCGGAUCGACCGCGAGGAGCUGUGCGGUCGCAGCCCUGUUUGUAGCAUCCACCUGGAAGUGAUCGUGGAGAAACCGCUGCAGGUUUUCCAUGUGGAGGUGGAGAUCAAGGAUAUUAAUGAUAACCCACCCUUGUUCCCAGUGAAGGAACAAAAACUAUUUCUUUACGAGUCCAGAUUACCGGACUCUAGAUUUCCUCUAGAGGGAGCUUCUGACCCAGAUAUUGGCUCUAAUGCCUUACUUACUUACAAGCUCAGCAGCAAUGAUUACUUUAUUCUGGAAGUAAAAUCAAAGAAUGACCAAAGUAAAUUAGUUGAGCUAGUGUUGAAAAAAUCCCUGGACAGAGAGGGAGUUGCAGAGCAUCACUUAAUACUGACAGCCACAGAUGGGGGCAAACCUGAACUCACAGGCACAGUACAGCUGCUCAUCACGGUCCUGGAUGUGAACGAUAACGCCCCCACUUUUGAACGAUCCGAAUACGAAGUGAAGAUAUUAGAAAAUGCAGCCCACGGAACCUUAGUGGGUCAGACUGAAUGCCUCCGAUGCGGACGAGGGCAUCAAUCGAGAGAUUUUAUACUCCUUCAAUAGUCUCGCUCCACCUGUGAUUAAAAAUAAGUUUCAUAUAAAUCCAGAUACAGGAGAAAUUUCAGUUCAAGGGCAUCU